CCAAUUCGCAUUAUUGUCAAAUAACCAAACCAAAAAGAAGUUUUAUUUUACAGACAUCUCGCCAUUCGCGAAAGUUCUCUCUCUGUAAUCUGCAUCGUAGCUCUUCUUAUCUCGUUUUCUCCGACCAAGUUUCUUCUCUUUUCUCCCCGAGACUAGACAUGGACGCCGCGACCGCGAGUUUGAUCCGAACUCCCGUCUUACCGCGUGCUAGAUCUAUGUUCCUUACAGCCAGCAGCCCUGGGUUCACACCUUCUGGUUCAAAACUUCAACUUCAUUUAAGGCUAAACGCGUUCACUAGAUUCUCAAAACCAUUAUUGCAAAGCAGCUCAUCAACAACAGCUUCCAAAACUCGGCGAAGUUUUGUGGUUAGAGCUUCGGCAGCAUCUGAUGACGCUUCCUCCAAACCGAUCGCGCCGCUUCAGCUUGAGUCUCCCGCCGGUCAGUUCCUGUCUCAGAUUCUGGUGACCCAUCCUCAUCUCGUCCCUGCUGCUGUUGAACAGCAGCUUGACCAGCUCCAAACUGAUCGCGACUCUCAGGGACAGAACAAAGAUUCAUCAUCAUCGUCCCUACCUGGAACCGACAUUGUUCUCUACAGGAGGAUCGCUGAGUUGAAGGAGAAUGAGAGACGAAGGACGUUAGAAGAGAUUCUAUACGCAUUGGUGGUUCAAAAGUUCAUGGAAGCUAACGUAUCACUCAUACCUUCGAUAACGCCAUCAUCAGAUCCAUCUGGUCGUGUUGAUACUUGGCCGACCAAAGUAGAGAAGCUCGAGCAGCUUCACUCUCCCGAGAUGUACGAGAUGAUUCACAACCAUCUAGCUUUGAUCCUCGGGAGCAGAAUAGGUGACUUGACCUCUGUCGCACAGAUAAGCAAACUCAGAGUUGGGCAAGUCUACGCUGCUUCUAUCAUGUAUGGUUAUUUCUUGAAGCGGGUGGACCAGAGGUUUCAGCUUGAGAAGACCAUGAAGCUUCUUCCUGGUGGUGGUGGGGAUGGUGAGAGUAAAACAAGCGUUGAGCAACCACAGGAUGGGACGUAUCAGGCUGUGUCUUCUCACCCAGAGGUUGGUUCAUUUGCGGGUGGAGUUAGUGCCAAGGGCUUUGGAAGUGAGAUUAAACCGUCGAGGUUAAGGACAUACGUGAUGUCGUUUGAUAGUGAGACGCUUCAGAGAUAUGCCACCAUCAGGUCAAGAGAAGCGGUUGGGAUCAUUGAGAAGCACACAGAGGCGUUGUUUGGCAAGCCUGAGAUUGUGAUCACGCCGCAAGGCACGGUUGAUUCAUCCAAGGACGAGCAGAUAAAGAUCAGCUUUGGUGGAAUGAAGAGGCUUGUCUUGGAGGCUGUGACUUUCGGGUCGUUUCUUUGGGAUGUUGAGUCUCAUGUAGAUGCUAGGUACCAUUUUGUAUUAAACUAGAAAAAUGGUCUGUAAUGACAAUGAAUAAUGUAACAUUAAGAGCAUUAAUCUAGCAGGAACAGACCAAACCAGACUAUCAAAA